UUCUCAAAGCUUAAAGGAAAACAUACAGUGGCCAUUGAUUUUUUAUCAAUAAUAUGACGAAACCGGCUGUCUUGGCUGUGGGCGGUCUGAGCUGAAGAGAAUAACAUAAACUGGAAAGUAAAGAUGAAUUCAGAUGAUGCUAUGAACUGGGCUGGAGUUAAUUUGGCCCCACAUUUACACACAGAGGAAUGCAACAAAAUUAUCAGUCUGUUGAAACAGUGUCAUUCAGAGAACAAGUUUAUGAAAUUCUUUGGCACAUGUAAUGAUAUCGAUCGUGAAGUGCGGUGGUGCUUGAAGAAAGAGUACCAGGACAGACGAGCAAAGAACAAAAAGCAAGCAGAAGAAAUGAAAAGUAGAUUUGCAGGCCUUUCAUCAACAUCAGCACCAUGAGAAGUUGCUUGCAGUGCAGGCUGUGCUAUUAAAAUAACUGAAGAAAAUUUGAGAUGAAACUAAGGCAACAGCCCUUUCUACAGCUCAUGAUCAUUUCUCCUGUGACCUACUGAGAUGUACAUAAAAUACUGUAAAGUUGGUGACUGUAGAUUAAAAACUGAUAAUGUGUUAAGUAAAAAAUAAAACAAAAAAAUCA